AUGAUGAAAUUUGUCGAACAUAAAUCUCAUAAUCUUGCUCCUCCUAAAAGAUAUAUCUCUGGUUUUGAUAAUCAAGGUCGUUCAAUUAUCAAUGAGUUAAUUGAUCCCGAUAUUAAAUGGACUGAUGUCAGCAAUGAUUCUAAUGAGCACUCUGGCCAAUUUAGUUUAGUGUAUGCAACAAAGGGAUUUCCUAUCGACAUUAGUGAAAGUAAUGAUAUCAAUUUCUAUAAGAAAAGCUUGCAAAAUGGCGUUUCAAUUACUAUUCCUGGCGGGUCUGUUAUGAGGGUGGUGGAUAUGGCCCCAGGCUCUACUUCCCCAAUGCAUCGCACUACUUCGAUUGAUUAUGGAAUCGUUUUGCAAGGUCAAGUUGAAGCAAUAAUGGACUCAGGAGAUUCCGUAUUAUUGAAUAAAGAUGAUAUUUUUGUUCAACGAGGUACUAUGCAUGCUUGGAGAAAUACUAGUGCAACAGAUUAUGCGAGAAUGAUUUAUAUCUUGAUAUCGUCUAAGCCGCUUGAAGUAGAUGGAAAGGCAUUAAGAGAAGACCUUGGUGGUGUAAAUGGGGUUCCAAGAAAUGAAUAG